CUUCUGUCACGGACUAUGCCAUUCGAGGGGUGCUCGGGUACAGCCCGGGUGCUGAUGGUGCUCGUGGUGCUUGGGCUACUGCUCGUCGAGUGUGGGGCCGGCGUGUCGUCCAAGCAAGCGCCCACGCUUGUUAGCGUGCGAACGGUUGUGACUCGCAAUCUUGUCCGCGAGGUGCCUGAUGCCGAAGGGCACACUCGAGAGCAGCUUGAGCAGUUGGCGCGCCAGCGCGAGCCCUUUGUGAUACGGCAUAGCUCACUGGCGACGCAAGCAUCUCUGAGCAAGUGGACUCCAGCGGACAUUGCUUCAGCUCUGUCCACAGUACCCGCAUAUGCACAGCGCGGGUCGGGCCGCUUCCGCACCUUUCAUGACGAUAAAGAACUGGAGCCUUUCCUGCGGCAUGACCACUGGACGGACUUUAAUGUCAAGGUCAACGUUUCCACGGGCCAGCUUUUCGACACAGUAGCGCGCGAUGCGGGGCGUUUCCUGUACUUUAGUGCGGAUGUGAACAAGCUGGGGCCCCAUUGGCCUGCUCUCGAGGACUUGUUACCGGAUCGUGACGCCAUGGCACAGAGUGCCACGGGCCUGCAAAGCAACCUCUGGCUUGGUCAUGGCGGCUUGGUAACAGCCAUGCACUACGAUGCUUCGUGGAACUUUUUUCUACAGCUGCACGGCCGUAAGCAGUUUACACUCCUGCGGCCGGGCGCGCCCGUGUGCCCCUACCCCUGUUUGCAUCCGUCGAUUGCGCACGCGCAAUGGGAUCCUUUGGGUGCUGCAGCAGCCAGUGGCAGCGCAGUGUGUAUGGCUGAUCCAGACGUACUGGCCAGCGAAAACCAGGGCCGUGGAUCGCCUGUGUCAACUACCCCGCAACGGCUGGCCGAUGUGGCGGCAGUGUGGCAAGUCACCCUCGGGCCCUCAGACUUGCUGUAUGUGCCUCCACACUGGUGGCACGAGGUGGCGACGCUGAAAGACUCCGUCUCUUUCAAUGUUUGGACCGAUGCGCCUGAAUACGUGAUGAUUCACGACAUUUACGCCUUGCCGAUUCCUUUGGAAGGCAGCUGGGAUGGAACCAAACUGCGGCAGGGAGCCAUGGCCUACCUGAGGGCUAUCCACGAGGCGCUGCACCUCGACUUUUCGUUUGCAGCCUCGCUGCGCCACCUGCUGGCACAGCGCUGGUCGCCCUUGGAGCAGGCACAGGCACUGCAUUAUGACCCCUUUGCGGUCAAUGCAGCCCUCCGUGCCUGUUUAUCCCUACAGACAGCGGCCACAUCGACGCCAGGGCCCACCCUCUUGACAGACACUGAGAAAAGUCGACUGGAUUCACGCGCUACUGCAGCUGCUGCGCAAAUGGCGACGCUGCACCGUGAGGUACAGCUCACACUCAUGCACAACUACAUUGAGCGGGUCCUGUCACUGGCCGCCGUCAAGGAGGGUGGCAAGAAGGGCCAGGAUCUCGCUGGCCUGUACGACAUGGGCGGCGUGUCCUUCUUCCACGUCGUCAUUGAGGCCGCUGAUGGCGAGCUGUCGCUCGUUGAGCACGCCAUGACUGGCGCCAACAAGGAGGUCGACGAGGGCGCUGAGGACCGCAAGGGUGGUUCCGGCCACGUUGCCAAGUGCUUCCUGAGCGCCAACAAGGACCAGGUUGCCGGUAUUUUCUACGUCCCUGCCUCUCUUGCCGAGAAGCUCACCGCCAAGGCCUGGUUCGAGCGCCUCAACGUUGUCCUGGGUGGCGAGAUUGUCGAGGAGACUGAGGAGACCAUCAAGGUCAUUGCCAAGGGUGACCCCGCUGCCGAGAAGUUCCCUCUCAAGAUCCGUGACGAGGCCAUCAACGCUGGCUUCUCCCUGCUCCGUGAGAAGCAGCUCGUGCCCGAGGAUGAUGACGAUUCCGACUAUGACUACGAGGCUGCCAUGGAGGAGAACGAGAUUGAGUGGUAGAUUUGCAGGGUCUCUUUGUCCCUGUCGUCAUGCAACCUUUUAAAAAAACAACAACCGCAAAUUCACAUCAAAACUUUCA